GAGAGUUCAUUUCUGUUUUUCGGUGCGUGUCUGGUUUGGUGGUAAAAUUUUCCCGACUUCCUUCGGUCGAAAAGUUGGGUUUUUCUCGUAGUCUUUCCGGCAGGUAAUCCGUGUUCAGCUUCGGCCUACCUAUUUCGAAGCCCGUUGCCACAGACAAACAGCAGUCAUGGAUUCGGAACGUAUCGGACCAGAACGCAUCUACGGUGGCUGCGAGGGACCGGAUGCCAUGUACCUGAAACUUAUCUCGUCGGAUGGUCAUGAGUUCAUCGUCAAGCGGGAGCACGCUUUGACCUCGGGAACAAUCAAGGCGAUGCUCUCCGGACCGGGCCAGUUCGCCGAGAACGAAGCCAAUGAAGUCAACUUUAGAGAAAUACCAUCACACGUCCUGGAGAAGGUGUGUAUGUACUUCACAUACAAGGUGCGAUACACCAACAGUUCCACCGAAAUUCCCGAGUUUCCGAUCGCACCGGAGAUUGCCCUUGAAUUACUGAUGGCAGCCAAUUUCUUAGAUUGUUAAAAUUAUCAAAGGAAGUGAUUGGAAGAACGAAAACAUCAAACGAUGCAAUGAAAAUUACAACUAAUUAUUGUAUGCCAUUAGGUUUGAACACCCACUGCAAAAAAUCCAGCAGAAGCUAGGAAUGAUUUGUUAUGGAUGAAGCAUUUCGACGGAGUAAUGGGACAAACUAAAAUAUUCAAUUGAUCACUGAUAAGCACCAUCUGGAUGGAAUAAGUUUAGCUACAUGAUCAUACAAAUUUGGAGAUAACUAAUGAGCACAUCCCAAAACUACAACCAAUUUGAAUUAUUUACCCGCAUCAGAAUACUCCAAAAUAAGUCACUUAAGCUUUGUAGAAAACAAACAUAAUAGUGUGUACCAAUAGAUCACAGAAACAAGUACGAAAAAAUAUUCUAACAUACUCCACUAGAAAUCAACAGAAAUGUGCGAAAAAACGCAAAAUACCAUUACCAUUUGAUUCGACUAAUGGAUUAAGCCUAGUAAUUUAUUUGUUGUAUUAGAUGAUUGUCAUUGAUUUUUUUUGUAAUUGGAAAAAAACAUGAAAGAUUAAAAAAUCAAUAAACAAAAACCAAAUCUAACUGUCCCAAGUUUUUUAUGAUCAGCGCGUGGGCAGAUAGUGGAUGUAUGGCUUAUAGCCAACGAUUUGGGCGUUGUAAAAUAAUUUUAAGGAAGGUAACUCGUUACACAUUCGAGCUUGGAUUGGAAUAACUGGGCUGGGAAGAACCCGUUUUGAAAUCAAGAUCAAUUGAGAAAUGUUGUAUUCAGUUAUUGAGAAAAAAAAACGAAUCAACCAUAAUUUCGAGCUAGAAGUGUAAAACACAAUUGGUAUGUGAGUGUGUUGCAGUGCAGAGUUACAUGAAAUAGGAAAAUAAAUUUGAAUUUCAUUGAAUCAAUUA